AUGGCAGAGAGUAGUAGGUCGAAGCGAAGCAUGGUAGUGUGGUCGUCUCUUCGCAUGGAUCUCGUCCGCAAGGUCGGCGACUCGUUGUUGGCCACCAGCGACGUCGUCUCCUACCUGGACAUGAGGACCGUCUGCCACAACUGGCGAGUUGCCAUCCCAAAGCCGCCUCCACUGUCCGGGGUGGUCGACCGUUUUCGCCCGCGCGACUGGGUGAUGCUCGACCAGGAGAAGCCAGCGGAUCGCGUGGACGACGUGGAGCCCUGGCCUUGGUCUCACGACCACGACGCGGGCCGUCUCUUCCUCCAGCUCUCCACGGGGCGCUUCCUCCGCCUCCGUGUUCCGCAGCUCGAGUACGACAAAAACAUCCUGGUCGGUACCUCCGACGGUCUCCUCGUCCUAGGCGGAAGCAUGGGCCUGCACCCUGCUCGUCUCCUCAACCCCUUCACCGGCGACAUGCUCCCUUUCGCUGCGCCGAUUCCUCAGGAAAGCAUGGUGCUCACUGCUGUGGCCGGCUCUAGCUCUAGCCCCAUGCUUCUCUUCUCGUUUCGAGAUGAGUGCCACUGCGAGAGGAGAGAAGUGGUUUACUGUGCUGAUGCCACCAGCCCUCUCUGCCAGGUGCAGUUAGAAGGCUUCCAUGUAAGCGUACUUUCCUAUGCCGGUCACUUAUACACGGUCGAAUACGAGGGAGGUGUAUACAAGGUUGUGGGCACGCCGCCGCACUAUCACGCUGAGCUGAUUGCCCAGUCAUCUGACAACUACGCCGGUGACUACUUCCUGGUCGAGUCUGCAGGAGAACUGCUAGUUGUAAGUCGCCGACACAAAAGGGUGCAAGUUUUCAGGGUCGACAUUGAGCGGAAACUGCUAAAACCUGUGAGCAACAUUGGCAGCCGGGCGCUCUUCCUCGGUGCUAGGUGCCUUUCAGUCGAUGCCGAUAAGCUGCCAUCCGUGUUCGGAAACUGCAUAUACUACCUUGAUCCUCAAUUAUCAGAAGUACGUGCCAACAUCAACAUGUAUGAUCUUGGCACCAGAAAGCUAGAGAGGUUCCCAUUCGAGUAUGAAGAUCAUUCAGUCAGAUCAAGCCCGAUCCGUCCUUUCAGCAUUGUUCAGACGCUCCUUGAUUACUGUGGUGCCGUUCCUAACAUAUGUGCUCAAAUUGCAGAUCUGAAACGUUGGUAA